CACAGAUACAGAUACUGUAAGAUAAUGAAGCUUCGAAGAUCAGUGGCAAUGCUGCUGCUCCUUUUCUCCGCCUCAAAAUGAGUCACUAACCCAUAUGGUGUCAAUAACACUCUCGCCCGAACGACGAUAUGACUUUCCAGCUGCUGCCCCUUCCCGCCCCAGCUAGCGCAGAUACAUCCAAGCUCGCAGAUUUCGGACGGGAAGUCGUCGGAGUGAACCCCGGACGGCUGACGCCGGACCAGUUUGAAGCCGUCAGGGAGGCUCUGUAUAAGCAUGAUGUCCUCCUCUUCCGCGACGCGGUUGUGACCCCUGAAGAGCAAUACGCAUUGACCAAGGCUUUCGAUCCCACCUCGGAGAGCUACGGACACGGGAAUAACAAAACGGAGGGCACGAAGAAAUCCAUCCUCCACCCCGAUCUCAAGACCAUCCCGCGUGUGCCGCAAGUGCAGCUUAUCGGAAACGGCACGGUGUUCGACCACGAAGGUCUCAACGAGGCGAAGCUCAAGCACCCCCACCACAAAACGUUCCACAAAACGGUCGUCAGCGACGAGGAUGAGGCGGCCGGUGUCACCAGGUUCUACCGAUGGCACAUCGACGCGGCGCUGUACGACCUCUCGCCGCCCCAGGUCACGACCCUCUACGGACUCACGGUCCCUGCCGGCGAGCCUCAGACAUGCCGCUACGACGACGGCACGGGCGACGAGCUUGCUGUCCCGCUGGGCACGACGGCCUUCGUGUCGGGUCGCACGAUGUUUGAUAUCCUCCCUGCUGAGCUCAAGAGUCUGGCUGUCCGGACUCGCGUGCGGUACUCGCCCCACCCGUAUGUAUGGAUGGCCCCGGCGCAUGCGAUGUCGACCGGACUGGGAAUCGAAUCUGAGGGCUUGGAGAUGUCGCUGAAAGACCUACCUGCCUGGGACGAAGGUAAGGUCAAAGUGCUGCCGAUGCUCUGGAAGAAUCCCGUCACCGGCCAAUUGUCGUUCCAAGUCCAUCCAUGUGGUGUUGCCGAGCUUUUGAUCGAUGCGCUCCCCGCCGGGGCCUCUCGCGAAGGUGCACUGUACCCGGAUGGCGCUCAUCUCAAGGACUUGAAGGAGGUCCGCGGUCUGCUGUACAAGAUGCAGCGCCCUGCCAUCGCUCCUUCGCUUGUGUACCCUCAUGACUGGCGCGAGAACGACUUUGUCCUGUUCCACAAUCGCGGUGUCUUGCACUCGGUUGUGGGGGCGUUUGCCCCAGACCAAGUUCGCGCGUUUCAUCAGUGCAACCUGGCGGCAUCGGCGGAUCCUAUCGGUCCAAGCGAGCAGGAUGUCCAGAAAUGGGCUUGAAUUGCUGCUCUGGAUUCGCCAAGUACUCAUACAUAUUAAUAUUCGGUUUCUGUUAUGGUGUGAAAGCGCAUAGACUAGACACCCGGUCCGUUCAUUCUCUGUGCUGCCCAACGGACUACCAAGGAUCCGGUGGCGGAAACCAGAAAUGCAGAAUCAAACAACUUGC